AUGCUAUGGCGAUUCUGGAGUCCAUUUCUCCUAAUUAGCUACUUAUUUACCUUUUCAUUAGCAGAGCAGAUCAAAUUUGACAUCUACGGCGAGGAAAACAGCAAUAACAACAGUCACAACUACGACAGUACCAACACACUUGCAUCACAAUACGCUACAUUAGCAGACAACUCCUUGCUAUGGGGCCCAUACAGAUCAUCCUUGUAUUUUGGCAUUCGUCCACGAAUUCCCAAAUCUUUGCUUUCUGGGUUAAUGUGGUUCCCCAUCACUGAUUAUCAAUCGAUUGGUAAAAUACGUCAUUUCUACGAGCAAUUUGAUCGUAUGGGGAAAGCCAAUUGGGUUUCAUAUGAUCCAAGAAUAGGUGGUCGGCAAUUGAUCCAAGACGAUGAGUCACAUUUCGAUAUCAUUAUCGAUUUCAUUAAAUCUCAAGAAGGAUUAUCUUGGGCAGUUAAAAUCAAGGCUGAGCCUCACAAGGGAUACGAAAACUCGAUAAUUUCCUUUGUGUGGUACUCGGGACUCGAAGGCGAGAAGGACCAAGUUGACGAAAUUACUGGUCAAAAAGAGAGAAGUGGACAUUUCCGAUUAGAUGCCAAUGCCAAGGAAGGAGGUUAUGACGGGGUAGUAAAAUUUAGUGGUAUUUCUGAAGAAUUGGGUGCAUUCACAUUGGACAUCAAUGAUGGACCCAAGAGCAAUAAACAUCCCAAGGGCAAACUGGGCGUCGAUAAGGAACUUGACCCGGCAUUGACUCAUCAUUUGAGUUUGACGGUGCCUGAUGGAAAUGUCUGGCAAGCUCGCGAUAUAUUUGUUACCAUAUUACAAGAUUCAGUGAAACUGAUUGCCGAUUCAAACAAUGGCCAAGUUGGCCAAUUGCCUCCGGAAAACCUCUUUAUUGUGCGAGACAUGUAUCAUUUCGAAGGUAAUUUGCAUUUUGUUCAAAAGAUAUAUCAAGGUGCUUGUGAAUUUGAUGUGAUUUAUUCAAAUGCAUACACUCCCAAAUCCAAUGCAUUGACAUUUGACAAUCUUCAAGGUCGAAUUGAUGCGAAUUUGCAAGAAUUGGAUAAGGUGUUUGCUGCUCAUUUCCAAAUCCAGCCUCCUUUCAAUACCAAAUCGUACUACAAAUUCGCCAAGGAAAUGCUUUCGGGUUUACUUGGUGGAAUCACCUACAUGUAUGGCGAUCACUUGGUUGAUAGAGAGACUGUAUUUGAUGAAGAUACAUUCGAGUCAUACCAGUUGAAAGGGUCAUUUGAAGGUCCAUAUGAACUAUUCACCUUGGUCCCAUCGCGUCCGUUUUUCCCUAGAGGUUUCUAUUGGGAUGAAGGGUUCCAUUUGUUGCCGUUGUUGAAUUACGACUCUGAUUUGGUUUUGGAUAUCGUCAAAUCAUGGUUCCAUUUGAUUGAUGAGGAUGGAUGGAUAGCUAGAGAACAAAUUUUGGGCACCGAGGCAAGAUCAAGGGUGCCCAAGGAAUUCCAAGUGCAGAGUCCUCAUAUUGUUAAUCCACCUACGUUGACAUUAGUUUUGAGCAAAUUGCUUGAUUUUGCCGCUGCCGCUGGAAAGUCGAACAAGCAGAGUGUGGACUCGUUCGGCGAUGUCAACGAGCCGGUGGAUGUAGAUGCCGAGGACCUAAGUGCGGUAAAUUCUAUCGAUGACGUACCGUUGGGAAAAUUUAUAUUGAACAACCCGGAAGUCUUACUCAACUAUACCAAGGAUGUCUUUCCUAAAUUGAAGUCCCAUUUUGAAAUGUUUCAAAGAACACAACAAGGCUAUGUCGCAAAUGAUGAUGAUGAUGAAGAAGCAGAAGAAGAAGAAGAGGAAGGGCGAUCUCGCGACUCGAUUAGAAAAAGACGUGUUUACCGUUGGAGAGGCAGCACUUUUACCCAUUGUUUGGCCAGUGGUAUCGAUGACUAUCCGCGCUCGUCCCCUCCCGAUAUUGCUGAUUUGAACAUUGACUUGAUUUCAUGGAUUGGCGUCAUGGCGCGAUCAUUGCGCCAGAUGGCGGAGAUUUUGGGCAAGGACGAUUCUGAAGUACAUGGGUUGAAGCAAUUUGAGCAAGAUGUUGUCGACAAUAUCCAGUUGAUUCAUUGGUCGGCCCAAGAUGAUGCUUAUUGCGAUGUUACUUUGAAUGAGGAUGAUGAGUUGGUGCACGUGUGUCAUAAGGGGUACGUGUCGCUACUCCCAUUCAUGACUAAGCUAAUCCCAGUUGAUGAUGUGACGAGGUUGGACAAGGUGAUCAAUUUGAUAACAGACCCUGAUGCGUUGUGGUCACCUUUUGGUAUCCGGUCGUUAUCCAAAUCAGAUGAAUUCUACAGGACGGGUGAAAAUUACUGGCGGUCGCCAAUUUGGAUCCACAUGAAUUACUUGAUCUUGCAAAAUAUCAAGGACUAUUAUCACGACUCAUCCAGUCAUAUGUCUGAUGAAUUGAAGAAGAAAUUCAGCGACGCGUACCUGAAUCUAAGACUCAAUUUGGUGAAAAACGUAUAUAAGCAAUGGCAAAAAACAGGGUUUGUGUGGGAACAAUACGAUGAAGAGACUGGAGAUGCCAAAGGCGCUAAAAACUUUUUGGGAUGGACAUCGACAAUCUUGUUGAUCAUGACCAUGCCGGAGAGGAUUUAA